CAUUGUUUAGCCCCGCCCCCAGCUGGCUCCAGUCGACUGACGAAAGCACGAUUACAGGUGCACGAGCUGCCUGGGAGCUGCAUCCAAACUACAGCAAAUAAACCUCCUGUUAAGAUGGCCUCAGCAAAUGAUGCUCGAUAUGGACAGAAAGAGUCUGCGGAUCAGAACUUUGACUACAUGUUUAAGAUCCUGAUCAUUGGCAACAGCAGUGUUGGCAAAACCAGUUUCCUGUUCCGCUACGCUGAUGACUCCUUCACACCCGCCUUCGUCAGCACUGUGGGCAUAGACUUCAAAGUCAAGACCAUCUACAGGAACGACAAAAGGAUAAAGCUUCAAAUAUGGGACACUGCUGGGCAGGAGAGGUACAGGACCAUCACCACAGCAUACUAUCGUGGAGCAAUGGGCUUCAUUGUGAUGUAUGACAUCACCAACCAGGAUUCCUUUAAUGCCGUUCAGGACUGGUCCACACAGAUUAAGACAUAUUCAUGGGACAAUGCUCAAGUGCUGCUGGUGGGAAAUAAGUGUGACAUGGAAGACGAGAGAGUGGUUGCUUCAGAGAGAGGAAGACAGCUGUCUGAACAGCUCGGCUUUGAGUAUUUUGAGGCCAGUGCCAAGGACAACAUUAACGUGAAGCAGUCAUUUGAGCGGCUGGUGGACAUAAUCUGUGAGAGGAUGGCUGAGAACCUGGAGUCGGCGGAUCCGUCCAUCACUGGACACAAGCAGGGCCAUCAGCUCAACGAGCAGCCGCAGCGCUCCCACAAAGACUGCGCUUGCUAAGGGUCGCUCUCUGCCUCUCCACCGUUCCCCGCAGAUUGAACAAUGUAUGUAUGAGAGAAGGCUUUGGUAAGAGAGGAGCUGAGUCCUCUCUCUGUCACAUUUGUGAGGUUGACAUCAGCGCAUUUUUAUUUCUCUUAUAUUGGUAUUGGCAACCAGUGUUCCUCUCAUCUCUUAAGAAUUUGACAGCAUAGUACUUUUUGACUUUGGGGUCAAAUUAACUCCAACGUGAAAUUAGGUGAAUCACAUUUUGUUUUGGUAAAAUAUCUACUAAAACAUUCUUCAAAAUGUUGCUAAACGUUCAUGAGCAUUUCAAAUUCACACAAAUAUCCUCAAUGCAUUGCCAUGAGAUAUUUUAUUAUGAUUUUUUUUAAACAAACCGAUACACAGUUGGGACCAGAUUGUUGUGUGGAAACCAUCAGCGUAGCGGCUCAUCCCAAGAUCGAACGUUUGAAUGAAUCCUAAGAUUGAAUUGUUCAGGAGUUCUGCUUCGCUCUUUUAUUUUUAUUUUUUAAUUAAAGAGUGAAAAGGAAAUGCACACUAAUUAAUUUGCUCCCUGUUAUUUUUUCAAUAACAGCAGGUGUAUUUUGUAAAACAGAUUAUAUUAUAUAAGCCAAAACGGUAUAUGUGAUAAUAGAUGUAAUUAGGAAAAAAUAAUUCUGAUGUGCUUAAUUGCUCAGUUGUGUUUGUAAUACAAAGGAAUUUCUGAAUUUGAGUGUAUUUUUCAGUUACAUGUUCUGCUUUUACUCCGGUUCCUACAUCCUAGGGGACUAGUGGAAGCUUGUGAGUGUCUGUGUGCAUGUUAGUAAUUUAGUGCUUUAUUUAUUUCUUGUUUAUUUACAUGCAUUUGUAUUGGUGUAUGUUUUCUGCAUUAGAUUACGAGGGCUAAAAUGUCUCACUUUUAUAAAUCACAGAGUUUUAAACACACAGGGGGUGAAUGUUUGAAAACCUCAUGUCUGUAGAAGUACUAGGUGUUGUGUUGAUUUUACUCUAUGCAAUUCAGAAGCUUUGUUAUACCAAAUAGUCACUGGAUAUGCAGGGAAAUGGUUUUGUAAGGUGUGGAAUUGAUGAUUUAUACCCUCCCUUUAUAUCCUGUUUACAGUCCACCCUAAACAAAUAGCAAAACACUGGGAUCUACUUUUUUAUACAGAGAAAUGCAUCUCCGUAUGCUUUAUAUGCAGAGGGCUCACUGUUAAAGUAGAAGCCAUAAAACAGUUUUUGGUUUUGAUACUCUUUUUGUAGUUUGGCAGUUUAAGUUUUGUUUGUUUUGUAAAUUGUACAAUAGUUCUUCAGUUCUCAUACGGUAGGUUUCACGUGGUGUUCAUCUUGUAAUGCUGUAUUUCUCCUUGGGACAUAAUGGUAAGAAUAAACCACUGUAUUGGCAAGCUGGACACUCAUUGUGAUGAGGUUUUUCUGU